AUGGCCGUCUCACUCCUGAGGGGCCUUCUACGGCCAUCAAUUCUCUCGACUGCACAGUUCGCUGUCGCACGAUCAAUACGACCUGCUUUCGCUGCCCCCGCUUUCGAAACCACCGCUCCAGCCCUCGCAAUCCGCCCGCCGCCAUCAUCGCGCGCCCACAAAUGCACGCUGAUACAAGUGCUACGACAAGGGAGAAUCGCACAAAAAGCGCGCAAGCUUCGUUCACCGCAAUUGAAGGACCGACCGGAGCUCAAAGGAGUGUGCCUCAAAGUGGGAACAACCAAGCCUAAGAAACCAAACUCGGGAGAGAGGAAGAUUGCGAGGGUCAGACUGAGCACAGGCAAGGUCAUUACGGCAUAUAUUCCUGGCGAAGGACACAAUGUGCAGCAGCAUUCUGUAGUCAUGGUGCGAGGCGGACGAGCACAAGAUUGCCCCGGUGUGAAAUAUCACUUGGUUCGAGGAGCGCUGGACCUGGGUGGUGUUGGUAACAGAAUUACUGCUCGUUCAAAGUACGGCACAAAGAAACCAAAGACUGCAUAA